AAAACAAACAUCCAUCUGAGCUCACUGUUUCUGGUAGAGCAUUAAUAGCCCCAAUACAACCUUGCGUUAUGUUAACAAUAAAUACGAUUUUUUUUAGUUUUUCCUUUGGCUAUAACUUUGCAUCCUGCAAAGGAAGCAAUAAAACGUUGUUUUUUCACCGUCCAGUUUGAAGAGCGCAUGCGCAACUAUGAAAAUCACAGAUAGCGUAUUACGAAGUUUUAGGGUCGCCAGGACCUAUCAAGAAAACAGUGGAAAAGUGAAUUGCGUGGAUUACAGCCCAGAUGGCGAGAGUGCGAUAUCAAGUAGUGACGACGACUCCAUCGUGUUGUAUGACAUCCGAGAGGGAAAGCCGAAUCGGACUCUGUACAGUAAAAAGUACGGAGUGGACCUCAUCCGAUUCUCUCAUCGAGAUACGUCCACCGCAGUCUACACCUCCAACAAACUAGACGAUACAAUCAGAUACCUGUGUCUCAAUGACAACAAGUUCAUAUGUUAUUUUCCUGGUCACACUGAUAGAGUUGUGGCUCUUUCAAUGUCACCAGUGGACGACACAUUUAUCUCCGGUUCGUUGGAUAAAACGAUUAGGAUUUGGGAUUUGCGUGCUCAAAAUUGUCAGGGCGUAACUAAUCCAUUAGGGAGGACUGUGUGCGCGUUUGACCCUGAAGGGCAGAUAUUUGCCGCAGGAGUCGAAUCGCAAACAAUUAAAUUGUACGACCUCCGUGCUUUUGACAAGGGUCCCUUUGCAGCCUUUGAGACCAGGUUUAGUCGUGUCUGUGAGUGGACCGGACUCUCGUUCAGUAGCGACGGCAAGCAGAUCCUCGUCUCGACCAAUGGCGGUGCCAUCUGCAUCCUCCACGCUUACAAUGGAUCCGUGCUACACACCUUCUCUGGUUACAACAACAGCAAUGGAAUACCACUGCAGGCCUGCUUCACUCCGGAUUCCCAGUUUGUCAUGAUUGGCUCGGAAGAUGGGAGAGUCCAUGUGUGGAGCACCGAGAGUGGUAUGAAGGUCGCUGUGCUGGACGGGAAACACGCUGGCCCUAUCAACACUCUGCAGUUUAACCCACGCUACAUGACAUUUGCCAGUGCCUGCACUAACAUGACGUUCUGGCUGCCGUGCGUUGAUGAAGUUUAGAGCUGUGGAGCUGGGAUUUUGUCCCGUCAUUUUGCACCUUGAAUGCGAACGACACAUUUUGAUGUGUUGUUGGUUGACUGAAAAACUUGAGCUUUUCCAAUAUGAUUUCAAACCAUUUUGUUUAAUUUUUUUUUUUAUCAGAUUUUUGUGUACAGAGUGAAAAUAUAUUUUGUAACGUUUUUGGUUGUUUUCAUUAUUUAAAAGUGACGAUUUAAUGUAUUCAACUGUGUUUUUAUAUGAGAUUAAAACUUGUGUUUUUCUAUUUUGUUAAAUUUGUUUUUCUAGAUCUUUAAAAUAGAUUCUUCUACAUCAUCAGGCAUGAGUACAAAAGGUCCAUCUGUGAGUUCAUUAUCCCGUUUUCUUUUGAGUGCGGUUUUUCUAACGAUAAUAAUAGGAUUAGUGUUAAUGGCGCUUGCUUGUUAAUGGUGCUAAACGAUUCUACACUUACACUCAGGCUUACUUGAUGGAUAUUGUCCUGGUGGCUCUCUCACCAGUGUCAUUGUUGGGACCACCAAAGGCUUACUGACACUAGACUGAAUAAACGUUAGUAAA